GCUCCGCCCGGCCCCGGCCCCGGCCCCCGGCCCCGGCCCCGGCCCCGCCCCGGCCCCGGCCCCGGCCCCGGCCCCGGGAGGGCCCUCCGCGGAGGGCGUGGGGCUCCGGCGCUCCCGGCGAGCAGGUGACAACGCGGGCUGCCCAGCGCCGUGUGCGGAGCAUGUGCGCGCCUGUGUAGCACGGGCUGCCCCCAUGGGCAGCGGCGCCGGCUCCUUCCUCUGCCCCCCGUCUCUGGAAGUUCAGGCAGGAAACGCUCCUCAUGUCUCCCAGAUAAAAAUAAAAGCGACUCCCUCCUCCCAGCAACAGAGUGUCCCAGAGCUCGGCCAGACGCGGGGCUGAGCCGGCCCCGCCGCCCGGCAGCCCUUCUCCCCCGGCCGCCCCGGAGCGCCGGGCAGCGCCGCCGCCUGCCCCAUGGAUAUUGCAACAGGUCCCGAGUCCUUGGAAAGGUGCUUUACGCGGGGCCAGUCGGACUGCUCAAAGAUGCUGGACGGUAUUAAAAUGGAAGAUCACCCUCUGCGCUCGGGUCCGGCCACGUUAGGAGUGUUACUGGGGUCGGACUGCCAGCACCAGGCCGUGUGCGAAGGCUGCCAGAGGCCCAUCUCGGAUCGGUUUCUGAUGAGGGUGAACGAGUCCUCCUGGCACGAAGAGUGUUUGCAGUGCGCGGUGUGUCAGCAAGCCCUCACCACCAGCUGCUACUUCCGGGACCGAAAGCUCUACUGCAAACAGGACUACCAACAGCUGUUUGCUGCCAAGUGCAGUGGCUGCAUGGAAAAGAUUGCCCCAACAGAAUUUGUGAUGAGAGCCCUGGAGUGUGUUUACCACUUAAGCUGCUUCUGCUGCUGUGUUUGUGAACGACAGCUGAGGAAAGGGGAUGAAUUUGUUCUGAAGGAAGGGCAGUUGCUCUGCAAAAGUGACUAUGAAAAAGAGAAAGACCUGUUGAGCUCUGUCAGCCCAGACGACUCAGACUCAGUUAAAAGUGAUGAUGAAGAUGGAGAUGUUAAACCCACCAAAGGACAAGUAACCCAAGGAAAAGGAAGUGACGAUGGGAAAGACCCAAGGAGACCUAAACGACCAAGGACAAUACUUACUACACAGCAGAGACGAGCAUUCAAAGCAUCCUUUGAAGUGUCUUCCAAGCCCUGUAGGAAGGUCAGAGAAACACUAGCAGCUGAAACAGGACUCAGUGUGCGAGUUGUCCAGGUCUGGUUUCAAAACCAAAGAGCAAAGAUGAAAAAGCUAGCACGAAGGCAUCAGCAGCAGCAGGAGCAACAAAACUCCCAGCGACUAGGGCAAGAAGUAAUGUCUAAUCGAAUGGAAGGGAUGAUGACAUCUUACACACCACUUGCACCGCCACAGCAGCAGAUUGUAGCAAUGGAUCAAAGCAGUUAUGGCACAGACCCAUUUCAGCAGGGUCUUACCCCUCCACAAAUGCCAGGCGACCACAUGAAUCCUUAUGGAAACGACUCCAUUUUUCAUGAUAUCGACAGUGAUACCUCUUUAACUAGCUUGAGCGACUGUUUUCUUGCCUCUUCUGAAGUUAACUCCAUGCAGGCUAGAGUAGGAAACCCCAUUGACAGGCUGUACUCUAUGCAGAGCUCAUAUUUCGCCUCAUGAAAAUAAAAGAAAAGAAACAGCCGGCGUAUAUUUAGCCAGUGACUUUUUCCAGUGCAGACUCUACAGCCAUAUGUUGCCCAGCUCUUCCUUCACAGUGACUCCUGCCGCCUCUGGACUGCAAAGAGCAUUUUUAGGAAGACUAUAUCUGUGUGCAUAUAUGUAUGUAUGUAUAUAUAUAUCAAUACCUACCUACUUACAUACAUACAUAUAUAAACAAAACACAUCCACUGGUCCCAUACCCUUGAUUCCCAGCUUGCACCAGAUCAAGAGAGAAGCGUGGAAGGAACAGAAGACCCUGCUCUUCAGCAGCCUUUUUUUUUUUUCGGUUUGGUUUGAGCUCAUCGUUGUAAAGGAAAUGGAUUUUGCAGAAAGCUAGACCUUUCCCUCCUUUCUCUCUCCCUUUCUUUUGGAUGUUUAAUUUUUUUUUUUUUUAAGCCACUGAUACUGACAUCGGUCAACCACAUGAAAAAUAAAUCAAAGAAACUGGA